GCUGGAGUUUCCCUUGCGGUCUGAAGAUUAAUGGAAGGGGUCUGUUGAUCCGAGGAAUCGACUAUCAGGUGGUCGGUCCCCUGGAACAGUUGCUCUUGACGGCUCGCUUCGAGAAUAAUGGAGUAUAUAUCCGUUUAGAUAGCGAGUCAAGGAAAAAACGUGUGAGCUGGACACGCAUUUUACCAUCUGAAUUGGAGAGGCCUGCCUACACAGAGGGAGCACCUGGUUAGUUAAGGCCAAGACUGCAAGGGACGCUACAAGCUAAUGCUAGCUGGCUCGUUUGACAGACGGAAACAGCCUUCGACGAUCUUCAAUCGGCCUUGGCUUUGGAUAAAUCAUAUCGCCACUGGAAAUAAAGUACAACGGACUGACUCCUUUGAUUAAGCUGGUGCCAGCUUGAAGAUCGACGAGCUAACGCUACAAAGCAGACAUCCGCUGGAUAUCUGUCUCCUAGCUAAUGUGCUAGCGCUAAGCUAACCAGAAGGGUUGGAUAUUUCCUCUCGGCUGGGGGAGUUCGCCACAGCGGAUAAGUGCUGGGACUACUCUAUUUACACUCGUCUGUCAAUAAUGAUAGCUGUUAGCUAGUAGUUAGCUGCCAAGUUCAUUGAGUGUAGCGUCUGCUUUAGCGGUGUAGCAUUACUCAACGACUUGUAAAAGAAGUCAGUCCGAGCCCAGGAACGCCACUAUCAGCCUGCCAUCAUGGGCAACACGCCCACCGCAAAGAAGGGCAAUGAGAUGGAGAGUGUAAAGGAGUUUCUUGCCAAAGCCAAAGAAGAUUUCCUGAAGAAAUGGGAGAAUCCAGCACAGCAAACCGCAGCGUUGGACCACUUCGAGCGUUUGAAGACCUUAGGCACCGGCUCAUUCGGCCGAGUCAUGUUGGUGAAACACAAAGAGACGGGCCAGCAUUUCGCCAUGAAAAUACUUGACAAACAGAAGGUAGUGAAGCUGAAGCAGAUAGAACACACACUGAACGAGAAACGUAUCCUGCAAGCUGUCAGCUUCCCCUUUCUGGUGCGACUGGAACAUUCUUUUAAGGAUAACAGUAAUCUCUAUAUGAUAAUGGAGUAUGUGCCUGGCGGUGAAAUGUUCUCACACUUAAGGAGGAUCGGUAGAUUCAGUGAACCACACGCCCGCUUCUACGCAGCCCAGAUUGUACUGACCUUCGAAUACCUUCACUCGCUGGAUCUCAUCUACCGAGAUCUGAAGCCUGAGAACCUGCUCAUCGACCAGCAAGGUUACAUACAGGUAACAGACUUCGGAUUCGCAAAGAGGGUGAAAGGCCGAACCUGGACGCUGUGUGGGACUCCAGAGUACCUGGCGCCAGAGAUCAUCCUCAGUAAGGGUUACAAUAAGGCCGUGGACUGGUGGGCUCUGGGAGUGCUGAUUUACGAGAUGGCAGCUGGUUACCCUCCCUUCUUCGCUGACCAGCCUAUUCAGAUUUAUGAAAAGAUUGUAUCAGGAAAGGUUCGCUUUCCGUCCCACUUUAGCUCAGACCUAAAGGAUCUGUUGAGAAACCUGCUGCAGGUGGACCUGACCAAGCGCUUCGGCAACCUCAGGAACGGAGUCAAUGAUAUCAAGGGCCACAAGUGGUUUGCCACCACCGACUGGAUCGCCAUCUACCAGAGGAAGGUGGAAGCCCCCUUUAUUCCUAAGUGCAAAGGCCCCGGCGAUACAAGCAACUUUGACGACUACGACGAAGAGGAAAUCAGAGUCUCCUUCACUGAGAAGUGUGUAAAGGAGUUUGCUGAGUUCUAGAUUCCAACAAAGAGUAGCGGAGUGAGAGAGUCAGGGAUUUAGAAAGAAAUAGGGGGUAAGAAGACAGGAAGCACUCGGGCGGACUGAUGACUCGCUUAUUUGUGAUGAGGAAAACAAUGUAAAAUCUCCCCCCCCCCCAGUGGAAAAAUGUAGGCAAAGCGAAAGAAAGCUCCAACAGAACCAGCAGUGUUGCCUUUUUCUGAUUGUUUCUCAACUGUUACCGAUUCAUUUUAUUUAUCCCUCUUGUGUUUGUGGCAGGGGCUCGGCGAGAACAGGCACAGGUCACACGGCUGUUCAGCUAGAAUUGUAUCUCUCUGAUGGUGUAAUGACAAAAAAAAAAAAAGAAAAAGAAAAAAAAAGUUUAGUUUUUCGAUCUUUGCAGGUUGAGGCAUUGAUUUCUCUGUUAAGGUACUGAAUCUGCUCGGCUCCUUUUUGAACGGGCCCCUUCUCUAAAGCUUCUCUGAGAGUGAUUGCUGUCUCUUGUCAACCCCCCCCCCCGCCGGUUCCCUCCUUUCCAUUUCUCCAUCCCAAAUCUGUCCAAGCAAUACCAAGUCCAACAGAUGUGCCUAUCAUAAUGCCAACUGGUUGGAAAAACUGUGUGGGAAGUCAUUGGUGCAGAGCGGUCGGCUACGGCGGCGGCGGCGGCGGCCCCUCGCGCGCCCCCGUCCGGUUGAAAAGCUUGAAAAACUCUCUGCACCUGCCUUUGUCUGCUCGACGUGGCAUGAUUACUGGGUAGACGACGCACUCCACUGCUCGCAGCUGAAGCAGUGGCGACCUCUCUGAUCAGCGCGAGAAUGAUUUUUAUCACAGCUAAAGCUCCGCCGAGGCCCCGCGAGGCCGCGGCGAGCCGACGCGAGGUCCGCAUUCAAGUCUGUCUUUCUCCUAGCUGAAUUUAUUAGAGCAUUUUAAAAAAAAAAAAGAAAAAGAAAAAAAUCCUAUUGGUGAUCAUUUUGUCCCUUUUUCUGUCGAUCUCUGUGCUUGUGUGUUAUUUAGUGCUCGAGGGUGGGGUUGAAAAGCUGCGAUUUAGCUGCAGCUAACAUUGUGGUCACACUCCUGACUCUUUGUUUAUUUAAUUCAUAGAACAUUUAUACAUGUAUAUUGAUAUAUAUAUGAUAGAGAACAUGAACUUAUCCAUCUUUUUUCAACAUUUGUCUCAUAGCUGUGAAACUGAAUUAAGAUUUCAUAAAUAAAAACGGAACAUAAAUUUCUGCCAAAAUUUUUUCCAAGCGAGAACAUUGCAGUUUUCUCUAUGUAACUAUGACGGUGGUGGAUUUUAAUACGCAAAAUAGUAGCAAAAAUGUUUCAAACAACUUGUGCAUGUUAUUUUUGUACAAUAUCACUUGUAAAGGAGGACGGCGGAGCGUUGUGCUUUAUAUGUGCUGAGGUACCUUGAGGUUGUGGAUAACAUGUUUUAAUAUUGAAAAGGACACUCGGUGCUCUGUGGAGGACGGAACGAGACCCCGAUCGGUGCGGCAGCAGAGUUCCCCGGGUCUCUGUUAAUGAUUAAGUUGUAGGGAAACGGAUAAUUGUCACUGCACUCGUGCUUCUCACCCCGACAGUUUUGUUUUUUUGGGGGUUUUUUUCCCCCUCCUUCCCUUCUCUCUUGUAUGUUUCCUGACAUGCAACGCCGUCACAUUUUCUAACAGCCCUUCAAAAAUCUCUGGGCCUGUUCAGAUCGGAGUGUUUUUUUUUUCCAGCUUUCUAUGUAACAAAUUAAAAAAAAAACAAAACAAAGAAAAAGAAGCGAUCCUUAAGCUUGUCCCCUUUCGCCAAGUUUAUUUCUGUGGAUGCAAGACAAUCGCAGACCAAAAUCUUUAUUGCUGGCUUGUUGACUGAACACGUUUGCUUUGGUUUGAUGAAGGAUUCCCCCUCCGGCCCACCUGCCCCCCGACAAAAAGCCCCCAUAGGUGCUAGACUGAAGAGCUUCUGUGACUCGUUUGAUGUGCAUCGAUCUAUUUGUCAUAAAGUCUUGUAACAUGACAUUUUAGAAUGUUUUCUGAUUUCAGUAGGCUUGAGUACUUCUUUUUGGCAGUGUCUUAAUGUAAUUGAGAUCAAACGCAGGAUCUUUUUUUUUUUUUUUUUCUUUCUUUUUUGUUUUGAAUGUCUUGAACUGUCUGACGGAGAUGUUCCAAUGCCGUUUGGAAACAUGACGAUGUGUAUUUUUUUUUUUAUAAUCCGUGUUUCUGAGGCAAGGUCGUUUUUUUUUUUUUGUUUUUUGUUUUUUUCUUGCAUGUGGUAACGCAGCGCCUCAUCUGGACCUGGCAAACACACACACACACGCACACAGAAAUCCCUCCAUUCGGCGGCUCUUUAACCUUUUCUUGAUUUGUUGAGCGUCGCACUAAAGCAGUGCAGUGGAACCCCAAUCAGAUAUUGAAGCACACGCCACAACCCUUUUUCUGAUCUAUUUAAUUUGUGCUAAUAUUAAUAAUAAUAAUGAUGAUUUUUAACAAAAUGCUCGAGAGCACAUGUAAUAUCUUUUGUCUUUAUGUCCUGGAAAAAUGACUAAAUCAGAGUUGAUAGGUAGAAGGCAAAGAAACUCCACGGUCCACUUCAGAUGCUGAAGCCUCAGCAGUGAUUUCUCUUCUUUUUUUUUUUCUUUUCGUUUCCCUCGCCGUACAGAACCGGCCGUCGGUCAUCUCUCAUUCUUUUCUAUCAGCUGAACACUAUCAACCGCUCUGUGCUACUCUUCUUCAGUUUUUUCUCCUGUUUGCCUUCUAUUCUCAUCAAGUCUCCACACACACACACUCUUUCUUCAGACAUAACACUUUUUACAUCUAAGAUGUUUUGCGUUCAUAUUUUCUAAUUGUAUUUUCAGAAAAAGAA